AUGCACACAUUUUCCACAUUACCCGUCGAACUUGUUUAUCGAAUUAUGGAUCAUCAAGAUGAGCUGACGCUAUUUUGUUCAAUGCAAAAGAUUUCCCGGCGCCUCAAUCAGAUCCUGAGCACCUAUGAGCGAUAUCGAACACUCACCACACUAAACCUUUCCGCCCGCAGAUUCAGUGUUGAAGGAGUACGACGCCUUGCGGAUACGUUGCGAACAAACACGACACUGACCGCCCUAGAUCUAUACCGUAACAGAUUCUUUGCUGAAGGAGCACAACACAUUGCGGAUGCGUUACGAACCAACAUGACACUCACUACACUAAAUCUCGGCAAUAACAGAAUCGGUGCUGAAGGAGCACAACACAUUGCGGAUGCGUUACGAACGAACACGACACUCACCGCCCUAGAGCUCGACGGUAACAUAUUCCAUGCUGAAGGAAUACGACACAUUGCGGAUGCGUUACGAACCAACACGACACUCACUACACUAAAUCUGGGCGAUAACAGAAUCGGUGCUGAAGGAGCACAACAAAUUGCGGAUGUGUUGCAAACGAACGCGACACUCACCACACUAAACCUCGAUUGGAACGGAAUGGGUGAUGAAGGGACACAACAAAUUGCGGAUGCGUUGCGAACCAACACGACACUCGCCACUGUAGAUCUCAACUAUAACGAAAUCGGUGCUGAAGGAGCACAACACAUUGCGGAUGCGUUACGAACCAACACGACACUCACUACACUAAAUCUCGGCAAUAACAGAAUCGGUGCUGAAGGAGCACAACACAUUGCGGAUGCGUUACGAACCAACACGACACUCACUACACUAAAUCUCGGCAAUAACAGAAUCGGUGCUGAAGGAGCACAACACAUUGCGGAUGCGUUACGAACCGACACGACACUCACCGCCCUAGAUCUCGAUGGUAACGAAAUCGGUGCUGAAGGAGCAGAACAAAUUGCGGAUGCGUUACGAACGAACACGACACUCACUACACUAAAUCUGGACAAUAACAGAAUCGGUGCUGAAGGAGCACAACACAUUGCGGAUGCGUUACGAACGAACACGACACUCACCACUCUAGAUCUGGACCAUAGCGAAAUCGGUGCUGAAGGAGUACAACUCAUUGCGGACGCGUUGCGUAGGAAUGCAAGCGUCAAGAUGGUGUAG